AUGCCAUUCCAGCUGAGCUACCGGUUUGCAGGGCAUUCCAAAUGGGCAAACAUCAGACACGACAAGGCCAAGAACGAUGCAAAAAGAUCGAAGGAAGCAGCAUUCAUUUCCUCGCGGAUCGAGAGCUCAGUUCGGCACGGGGGUAAAGAGGGCAACGCCAAUUUGGAGCUGUUGAUCGAUAAAGCGAAGAAGUUGAAUGUGCCGAAACAGGUCAUCCAGAGCGCCAUCAAGCGCGGCACGGGGGAAAUUGCAGCUGGUACUGAGCAGAGCGAAGUCACGUACGAGUUUAUGGGGCCCGGUGGAGUUGCGUUGAUGGUGUCGGCGCUAACCGAUAACAAGGCGAGGACAGUGAUGAGGGUGAAGAACGCGUUGGCGUACUUUGACGCUUCCAUGAGCUCGUGUAACUACAUGUUCACCAAAAAGGGUGAAAUUGUGUUUGAGCCGUUGCAGAAGGAGGAAGACUUUGACCAAGUGUUUGAAACUGCCAUUGAGAUCGGAGCUGAGGACAUUGAAGAAGUAGAACUCGACGAGUCCAAUGCAAGUGCGCGCGGCAAGCUUUUCAGGUUAAUCUGCGCUGAUUCUGAUCUCCAUAGCAUUUGCAACCAAUUGAGCAACAAAGGCUACAAGUUGGUUGAGAGUUCAGUGAGAUUCGUUGCCGAGGCUGAAAACCAGGUGGAGUUCCCCGAGGCCAACUCCAAGGGGUUUUUGAGGGCUUUGGACAACUUGGACCAGACGCCAGAGGUUACCGACUACUUUACGAAUAUUGAAAACGAACAUCAAACAAGAAUCUUGGCUUCACUUUAG